AUGUGUUGGCGUCAGUGAUGGAGGGCAACGUGUGAAGCUAAUAUUUACCCUUUUUAAAGACUCACGUCUCUACUAGGAUCGUUUGAGGAUGGUCGGGAUGUUUACACAGACACGCAAACGCGUUUAAUCCAUUGCAAGCCCGUUUUGUCAGGCUCGUGAAAUGAAAGAACACGUCUCUACCUGGCCAUUUAAUCAGGCGGGUAGUGGUGCCAGAUUUGUUGUUGUCGUCGGUUUGGACUGUGUUGCCAAAAUACACGCCCAUCUACAUCAGCAGCUGCAGCUGGAGGACAGAGUCGGUCUCUCCCCAUGGCCACGGCGCGUUUCCCCGGGAAGACUGUUGACGUGGCCGCUGGAGCUGGGCUCAACCGGAGCGCUCCGGGGCUGGGCAGGCCACUGUGUGUGAACGGGACCCCGUGGAUACUCUACCUGCUGGAGGAGUGUGUGGAUAAUAUGUGGGAGUACUGCAGCGUGGUGAUAGGACUGGUAUCCAUGUUCUGUUUUCUGCUGUCCACUUUACCGCAGGUCUAUGAGGCCUACCGGAACGGCAAAGUAGAGGAGGCCAUGUCUUUUGGUUUCCUCUUCUUCCUCUUCAGUGGCGACCUGACUAGCUUUGCAGGCUGCUACCUCACUAGCCAGCUACCAAUUCAGGUCGUCACAGUGGUGUUUUACAUCUUCACAGACUUGAUCCUCAUCUCCCAGUUUCUCUACUAUAAGAUCAAAAACAGCUCCAGCAGAAAAAGUCCCAUGUUGAAGUGGAUGUGUUUCAUGUGGUGUGGUGCUGCUACAUUAGUUCUCCUAGCUUUACCCAAACUCCUAAUAGACAAUAGUGCAACUUUAGACACCCAGAGUCCAGCUACCUCUAAAUCAGUGGAAAUCACUGGCUAUAUAUGUGGAUAUGUGGCAUCUGUCUUCUACCUCUGCUCCCGUUUCCCCCAGCUUUAUAAAAAUUUCCAACGACAGUCUACAGAGGGCACCUCGUACCUGUUGUUCGCCCUGGCCAUGAUGGGCAAUGGAACCUAUGGGUUAAGCGUUAUAGUGGUCCUGCCUGCACUGAGGGGCUCCAAACAGACCUUCAUCAUCAAACAUCUGGCCUGGCUCAUCGGCAGCCUGGGAGUGCUCAUACUUGACUUUUUUGUGACUGCCCAGUUCGUCAUGUACAGGAAGAACAUCUCUGCCAAAAGCAAUGCACUACUCAGCGUCCCUGAGGUGGAGCCUCUUCUGUGUGAGGAAGAGGAGCUGUCCGUGUUGUAGCGCUGAGAUUAAACACCAGCAUGGAGCACUUUGUCGACUACAGACUGGUUGUUUUUGAUCAGAGACAUUUCAGAAGGUUGUAGUAGCUGCAGUACAUGUACUGAUAAAGCUGCAGUCAAGAGGACAAACAGACAUGAUCCUUAUAUUCGUAACACUGGAUGUUAAGAUAAGAACCAAGCAUUUCCACUCUUUGUCUCCAGGCAGCCUUGUUUUCUGGUUAUGAUCACUGUCAUUUUUGAAGAAUCAUUCCACAGGGAUUUCUGUGAUUUUCUGAUGAUGGAAUAACUGUAUUUUUAUACUCCAUCGGGGAGCCUACACACCCAGAACAGGACACUUAACUCCAGAUGUUGCUUCACAAAUGCAAGCUUAAAGGAAGAGUGAAGUGCCUGUUAUAUUUACACAUUUCUGACAGGGUGAAAACACUUACUGAAGCCAACAAGGGCAAAUAGUCUAGGAUGCAUGUCAGCUAGAAGUUAUUAUUUAAAGCUUAGAAAUAAAAAGGUUCACUGUUUAUUUGUUUUGUAUGGCACUUCUUAUUUGGAAAUCAUGGUUAACAAGAAAUUGCCACAAACAAAAUGUUUCAUUAACUUUGAAUUACAUUAAAUGGACAGGAUGUGGACGUCUGCAUGGACACCACUCCUCCUGAAUUAUGUUCAUUUUGUCCGGCUCCAUACUGGCUUCGUUUCUGUUUAAAAUCAAUUUAGCAUUUUUCCACUUCCUGCUUUCUUUCCUGUCUCUUUUGUCCUGGAAAAAUACUUUGUGCCUUUAUAAACUAAAAACAGUCUUACUAAUGCACGGCAUAAAUAUUUCAUAUUAUUGUUUCUGAAUUAGUGAUUUAUUUAAGGCAACUUAGACAAGAAAUAGGUGUUAUCAGUAGCGUUGAUAAUCACGUCUCUUAGUAUUCUUGCAACAGCUUCCUCUUUUAUAAGAUUUUUUUUUUCUUGGAGAAGCCUCUAGAGAACGUGUCUUAAGAGAGGGAACAUUAAGAGGGAUGGUAUUUUGAACGUAAUGAUGUUCAAAAUUAGUUAAUACAGUUCCAAUCUGUCAUCUGGUUUAAGGUAGGGAGGAAUUCAUUUUUCGCUUCAUUACAGUUGUCUGAACAGAACGGACCAAAUCUAUGUCUUAUUACCGAGCAGUUUAACUUCGUAAUUAAGGGUUGGAAGAUUGAUUAGUUUUAGAUCAUCAGCAGUUCUCAUUAGCAUUAGGUGAUACUGUCACUGCUGAACCUGAUCAACUAACUAAAGUUCUGCAGAUUUUGCUACCUCAAUAAAAUGUGAACAUGAGCUUUUCCCCCUGUGUGUAAUAAGAGCGUAAAGCUUCGCAAUGGCUCUUCGUGUCAUUUCAAACUGGAAGGAUCAAUAUUAAAAUGUAACAUUAAAUUUGUAUAUGUAUUUAUGAUAUUUUGGUCCGCCACGUGAUGCAUUAGUUUAGCAUUAUGUAGAAUUUUAUUUUUAUUUUUUUUACUAAAAAGCAAAUUUAUUUUCAAAAUAUGCAAUUAGAUUAACAUGUUUUCCCCAUUUCUGCAAAUUAUUUUUGUAUUGCACAAUUCAGACGUAUCAGUUCCUUCUGUUAUGCUUCUUAAGUGUAGCACAAUGAGUAGAUAUUUAUUGUAUACUGUAGAACCUGUACCAUUUAUAAGACUAGUUGGUGACUCUAUUUCUAAGAUACAGUUAUUUAAAUAUAAUGUUUUGAAUUGGCCACUUGUGUUAUUGUUCGGAGCUCUGUGCCAGGUCAUGUAAUGUCUUCCUAUAAUACCUUUAUGUAUGUUGUACAAAGCCUGAAUAAAAUGCAAUAUGGCCAAAA